GCUGCUCGCGCACUGCCCAGCUCGCGCACCUCUCCUCACUGUGCACUGACUGAUUGUGAAGGUUCAUUGGUGGGAGCGCGUAGCACUACCGAACGACGGACCGAGCACGAGCGAGCGCGAGCGAAGCUAGUAAAGACCCCAGACACGCCCCCUCCUCCCUCGCGCUCCUCCGCGCCGCUGAUACACUCACACAAGGCACGAGAAGGCACUACUGGAGAGAGGAGCAGCGCGAGGACACUGCACUGCAGCAGCGCACCGGCGGAUACUGACUCUGUGCAUCCCGGCACCGACAGCCAGCCUCCUUCUGUCUCGUGCGUCUGUUGCAGUAGUUAUUGCCGCACGCGCAAACACACACUCACACAAACCCGCAGCAUGUGCGUAGACAGCGCGGGCUGCGAGCUCGAGGCGUGCAGCAGCUCGGACGAGGUCCACACGCUCUCCGGCAGCAUGAGCGCCGCGCUGAAGCCGAGCGCGCGCGAGCUCCGCGCCUGCUCCCCCCGGCAGCGCUGCUGCGCCGCGCUCGAGCGCCUCCGCUCGCCAACCGCGGCCGCCGGCAUCCUCAGCUUCGGCAACGUCCUCAACUACCUGGACCGAUACACCGUAGCCGGUGUGAUGCUCGACAUUAAGCAACACUACAAAGUUAGCGAUAGCGGCGUCGGCCUGUUACAAACAGUUUUCAUCUGCAGUUUCAUGGUGGCUGCACCCAUCUUCGGCUACCUUGGUGACCGAUUUAACAGGAAGGUCAUCCUGAGCUGCGGGAUCUUCUUCUGGUCGGCCGUGACGCUGCUGAGCUCCUUCAUCACCAAAGAGUACUACUGGCUGUUUGUGCUGUCCAGAGGUCUGGUAGGGAUUGGAGAGUCCAGUUACUCCUCUAUCUCUCCUACCAUCAUCGGGGACCUGUUCUCCAGCAAUAGCAGAACCAUUAUGCUCUCUGUCUUCUACCUGGCCAUUCCACUGGGAAGUGGUCUCGGCUACAUCCUGGGAUCCAGCGCGAAGGAUGCUGCAGGGGACUGGCACUGGGCUCUGAGGGUGUCUCCUCUGCUGGGAAUGAUUGCUGGAAUGCUCAUCCUGCUCUUUGUCCCUGAACCCAAGAGAGGCAGCUCUGACCAGCCGAGCAGCCGCAUGAAAUCCCGCACCUCCUGGGUCUGCGACAUGAAGGCCCUCGGCAAGAACCGGAGUUACGUGUUUUCAUCCCUGGCCUCAGCAGCUGUGUCGUUUGCGACAGGGGCUUUCGGCAUCUGGAUCCCACAGUAUCUGUUCAGAGCUCAGGUGGUCCAGAAGACCGCCGUCAGCUGUACCGUCCAGCCCUGCAGCAGCAGAGACAGCCUGAUCUUUGGGGCUAUGACCUGUGUGACGGGUUUGCUGGGCGUGGUCAUCGGCGCCGCCACCACGCGGUUCUGCCGCCAAAAGACGGAGCGAGCCGAUCCACUGGUGUGUGCCGUCAGCAUGCUGGGCUCGGCCAUCUUCAUCUGCCUCAUCUUCGUCGUGGCCAAGAAGAGCAUCGUAGGAGCUUAUAUCUGCAUCUUCAUAGGAGAAACGCUGCUCUUCCUGAACUGGGCCAUAACGGCGGACAUUUUAAUGUACGUUGUCAUACCAACCAGAAGAGCCACUGCGGUAGCCUUUCAGGGUUUCACUUCUCAUUUACUGGGGGAUGCUGGGAGUCCGUAUCUAAUAGGCCUGAUAUCAGACGCUCUGCAGAAGAGCUACGCUACGUCAGUGCUCUGGCAGUUCCUGAGCUUAGGCUACGCCCUCAUGCUCUGCCCCUUUGUCAUCGUCCUGGGGGGGAUGUUCUUCCUUGCCACCGCCCUCUUCUACCUCGACGACCGCGACAAGGCCGAGUCACAGACGAACCAGCUCUCUCGAUCGCCAUCCACAGUAAAGGUCACCAAGUAGUCGCAGGAUUGGAGUGGGUGGACUGAAGAGAAAGAUGAAGGUCUGGUUGAGAUGAAGAGGAAAAAAUAACAAAAAGAAGUUUAGCGGUCCCAGCGGACGCCCAUGCUGCACACCACCACUACUGCUACUACCACCACCAUCCAUACUACCACCGUCCAUAAUCUUCACUGCUGCCGUUCUCUUUUGUCCACCGUGCGGAGGCUGACCUGAACUUGAGCCAAUGAGACGCCUCUCUCGCUUGCCCAGGAAUAGAAGUUCAAGUCCCACUGAUAAGAUGAGAUAAGAGGAAGCAGCAUGGGAUGCUGGAACAGCAGCAGCCAAUCAUCAGCUAGUGGGCACAGCUUACAUAUUGAUAUAAUAUUAAUGUACAGUUAAAAGUAAAAUAUUUGAAGGCCUAUUGUCGGGGUAAGGGUGGGACUAAGAGUGAGUGGGAGGGAUUAAGAGGAUAAUGGGAGGGGCUUGGGAUAGGGGGUUCAUACUGUAACCUCCUUAGUGCCAUACUACUGAACACGGACACGCAUUCUGUCCUGUCACGCUGCCUGUCAAUCUGCACCAAGUGCCAUAGCAUCACAUUCCAAUACGGGUCCAGUCCACACCUACAGCCAGCAGUCAGAGGUCACUGAUUGGCCGCAAUUUUGUAAAUACGGAUAUGAAGGAAUAUAUGGUCUUUCAGAUUUGGUCUCAAGGAAGACUGGCUGUACGGUUAGCCUGCUUUAAUAACGCCGCCGGCACAGGCAAACGUCUGGUCCCUGUUCAUUUUCCUUGCUUGUGUCUUGUCGUUUUUUUUAUUUUUUAUUUUGCGUUUUUCUUUCUUUCUGUCUUUCGUUCGUUGUCUUAGCACUUACUGAUGAUUUUGAAUGCAGUGCCAGUUUUAAACAAUGCAGUCAGCCAACAUAAUCAGCACCAAUCUCGUAAGUUUAUUGUUUAUUUUGAUAUAUUUACCAGAUGUGCAUAUAAUUAUGAAAUUGAUGAAUAUUAUGAAACCUGAGGUGUUUACCUAUGAUUGUUUCAGAGGGGUAGCUGGGUUAAAAAAAAACAUAUAUGAGUAAUGAGUUACGUAGAGAAACACUGGAGUGUAAAUAUUUUAAACUUUUUUAACUUUGUAAAAAAAAAUGUGCAUUUUUUUUCUGAACUUUCUACCAAAUUUUCACGAAAUCAUGAAGAAUUGCUACACACAAUGUUAGAAAGCUAGGACUUAGAUAGGACGUAGCCACCUCAGAUAACAUGCCAAGUAAAAAAAUAAAAAAUAAGUCAGGAACAGAAAGUGCAGAAAAAGUUUGAAGUCUACUACUGGAUGCUGUAGUAGCGGCCUACCUUGUGAUAGAGUACGUUCACACAGCAGGUGAUAAUGAGCCAAAUCUGAUGUUUAUUUUAAGCUGUUCACCAUAUCUUUUAUCUUUAAUGUGACUCGUAUCUGAUGUUUGUCUUAACAAACAUUUGUUUCCACUGUAUAACCUAUGCUUAUAUGCUCUAAAGAGCAAUGCUUUACGUGAAGUUUCGGUUUCGUCUUUUUCAUCAGAAUAACAGGAGCUAUACAUGUAAAAAUUACACAUUAUUCAGUCACUUCCACAUAUCAUACUUCAGUACCAAAAAAAUCUGAAUUAUAAAUAUCAGAUUAAUUAGGUUUUUUGCCGUUCACACACAAACGACACAUCUGUGUCAUAUAUGGUGAAAAAGAUCCGAUUUGGGCCACUUUUACCUGCUGUAUAAACGUAGCCAUAGUGUUUUCCUUUAAGUGCUUCUUCACAGAGCAGCAUCUAGCCCACAGACCCACGAAAACAGAGAGACUUGUUUCCAUUGGACAAAGGAUAAGAUUCACAAAGUCUCUAUAAGAAUGGCUAUCUUUGUGCACUAGGCUCCUAUAUCGUUCAUUUGUAGAGAUCCCCUUUCUAAAAGGGAGAAAGAGAGAGAACCUGAAUAAAGGAUAAGGAUCUUGCUCACUCAAAAGUUAAUUAGUUCGCGAAAUCCAUCCAGGGAAAAAAGGAAUUCCUUCGGUUCUGAGCUUAAGUCGAAUCAGUUUAUUUUACUAACUGACAAUAUUGCAUUUGGUUUAUGUUACAGUAGGAUUAUGAACGCUUAGAAAAACAGAAAAGAAAAUAAGGUAUUGACCACUUUUGGCCAAAUCUUAGGAGAAAAAAAAAUCACAAAUUAUUUUAAUAUCUCAACAGCUUUUAAAUGAUGUGAACUUUUCCAUGUUUAGAACACUAAACAGUAGAUGUGAAUACCUAAAAAACUUACUUUACACUUUACACAGAAAGGCAGCAUUUAUAAGGCUACAAGACAUCUGCAUACGGCCUUCAUGGUAACUGAUUUAAACCUACAUGAACUUUCAUUUAGUUACAUCCUAUAGAGUAAAUGUUCUACUUUACCUUUAAUAUCCAUGACAAAGAUUAGGUUUUCACACCCACCACCACCCUGUCACAUCCCUUUAAUUCAGUCAUAUCUUUCUCAGUGCUAGCUCCACUUAUCAGAGGGGUCUGGGCUUCUAGCUUAAAGGAGAAGCCACCUUAACCCCAGCCUGGAGUUCUGUCCCUCUUAGAGUUUAGUCUCCUGGACAAAAAAAGCUGUGCCUUGUCCAGUCUCCUGUACAAGAGGUUGUUUUUAAAGCUCCUUUUAUCAAAGGGGGCAGGUCUCUGCUUCUAGUUUAAAGCACAAUUCAUGUGAACACCUUCCCAAAUUUCUCUAAAUUCCUUCCCUCUUACAGGCCAGUCUCCUGGAAAAAAGGCUUGUUUUAACAGAUUGUGAGGGAUAACUGUAGUCUGAAGCCCUCCCUUUACCCCAUCUAACAUCCGAUAAAUGCCCAUCUAAACAUGCCAGAGUUAUGGUUAGGCUUUUACACCAGGGGUCGGCAAUAGGUGGCCCGCAAGCAUGAAACAUCUGGCCUUUGAGGCUGUUUGAACUAUAAUGAACGAUAAUAAUAGCAAUUGGGUACAACAACCCUCUGGGCUGGAGAGCUACUAGUAUGUAGCACUUCAUCCUAUUACACUUCAUUUCACCACCCUCUCAAGUCAUUUCUCUUCUAGUUCUAGUUCCAUUUAUCAGGUCUUCUAGCUCAGAGCAGAAGCCUAAUAAACUUCAGAGCAAAAUAAAAAAGUUAAUACCUUCCCUUUUACAAAAUAUUUGUCUCCAAGCGAUAUACCAUCUGAAUUGACUUAAAUUGAAGUUAACAGAGAAAAAAACAUAAGUUUGAGAGUAAAAACAUGCCCAAACUUAAAGUUUUUUAGUCCAGUCUCUUGGACACAAGGCUAGUUUGGCCAAAAAAUAUAAAAUAUUGCAUUUUAAUUGGUGAAUAUUGUGAGAUAACUUAUAAGUUUGGUAAGAGGAACAUGCCUAAAACCUGCUUCUUAAGCCAUCUAACCCCAUCUUUUAAAAAUGCCAAUCUCUACAUCUCUGCCAUGGUUUUGACCAGGCUUUCCCAAUGUUCCUACCCUUUCCGUCAUUCCUAGCAUCUGAUCCACUUAUCAAAAGGUGGUCUGGUCAUCUACUUCCUCUUGCUCAGAGCAGAAGCUACCUUAAAUCAUCUGUUAAUUUUUUAAUUUACCCAAGUUUCCUGAGUUUCUUUCCUUGUACAGUCCUGAUAAAGCAAAUACUGUAGGUUCAUGUCAGUUAUCAUGGCGGCUUGUCGAGUAUGCAGGUGUUGAGUAGCGUUCUGAACACUGCUCUUCAGUAGAGCAUCCGCACACUUUGUAUCAAUUUUAGCUGAAGCACUUUUUUUGCCUUGAAAGGAGAAAUCAUGAAUAAUAAGGGAAAUAGGGGAAGCUCACUAGAGUAGGCCGUGUUUACCGUUAUAUUGUGAAAAUAUAUCUUAUUGCUGGUUCUCUAGUCGUUUGUAUGUGAACAAAUGUAAACGGAACAUAUGCAAUUUUCAAUAGGAUCGAAUCGUCAUUUGCUGAUUUACUGAAAAGCUUUCGUAAAGGCAAUAAUUGAUAUAUUUUCACGUUCAUGUUUGAGCUGUAUUAAUAAGACGUUAUUAGGAUUUUUAUCUUGUUCGUUUUGGUGCAUAUCCGUAAUAUUCGGAGACGUCCUUUAACCAAAUGGAAAUGAUGUGUCUUUGAAGCCGUUGUUGAGCGCAGUCGUCCGCAGUCCGAGACCAGCAGAGGUUCUACCUUUUUUCACAUUGAAAAAAAAAAGAAAAAAGCACCUGGCAUAUGGAUAUGGAUGGAAGCGUUGUUUGUUCUAGGAGGAGAUGAACAGCAACAAAGCUCCAGCAUCAUCCGUAUUGUGGAGGUGUGACUCAUCGCGGAGAUUGAGAGAUUGAGAGGUUGAGAGGGAUUGUGGGAUACCGUCCUCAUUUGCCAGUUAAAUUCUCAGAGCUUUCAUCCGCGCCGGGUGAAAAGCUAUCUGAAUGUGAUCCUGUCCAACGCGUUUACACAUGCAAAUUCAUUUUAAUUAAGCUUCUUUUUUUAGUAAUAUCAUUGUAUUAUCAUUCUUUGUAAGGAUGUCUUCGUUUUCUGUCUUUUCUUUCUUUUUACAAAUAUUAGUUUUAUAUAUAAUGAUUAUAUAAAGAGGGACAGUUAUAUAUAUAUUAUGCAGCGAUUUUAAUAUAUUGUAAACUACAGCUUUGAUGCAAUGUAUUUAUUUCUUGUUUAUUUGUUACCAUUUUACAAAGGGGAAAAAACAAUGUCUUGAAUAUUAUGAAUAUUCUAUUCUAUUUUCUUUUCUAUUUUUCUUUUUUUUUAUUGGAGGGGAAAUUAAAGGGGGGGGGUUGGGGUGAAGUGACCCUCCAUGUGUCAUGUUUCAUCGUCAGUUAUGAAUCCUGGAUAGUUUAUAGUUUAUCAUCUCAUCACAGUCUCUAUAAAGAACUGCGCUUCUUCACAUAUAGACACACACAGACACACACACUCAUAAAUAAA